AUGGCCCCAGCAGAAGUUAAAAGGGAAGGUGAUGAUUAUGACAUUCCAAAUGAAGCAGAUGACAUUCGUUUGAUGAACGAAAGUCGGGCGGAACCUUAUCAUGGUUGCGAAGUUGGUCUGAGCAAUGAAGAAGCAACCAACAUGAACAUUGAAGAUGGCGGAGCCGAUGUGAAAAAAGAAAUGGUUGACGAUGUUCAUCGCAAUGACAUGGUUGGUGAUGUUGAACAUGCUAUUCUGGAACAGAAAUUUGAUUCGGUCGAAGAUGGAGAAGCUUUCUAUAAUGCGUAUGCUAAAGCCAAGGGAUUUAGUAUACAAAAAUCCAGAUUUAACACAAAUAAAGAGGGAAAGGUUGUUAGUAGGCUAUGGUUGUGUUCAAGGGAAGGUCAGAGAUUACCAAAAUACUUGGACCGUGUUGCUGAGAAGAGUAAAGCUCCCAAGGCAAUAACAAGAGUAGGUUGCAAAGCCCAAUUUCGUAUACGGUACGAUGCAGAUGCUGGUGAAGGGGGAAAAUAUGUUAUGACUCACUUCGUUGCAGACCACAACCAUGUAUUGGUGGAACAACACUGUGUGAUGUAUCUGAGGUCACAUCGCAGUUUAAACAGCGCUGACAAAGCUCAAGCAAUGGCGAUGCGCAACGUCGGUGUGAAGACUAGCCAAAUCAUGGACUAUAUGGUAAAUCAAUCCAGGUCUUAUGAGAAUGUUGGUUUCAUCUGUACGGAUCUGCACAACCAUAUUCAAGCCGAACGUAGAGCAGAAGUUGAGGAUGAUUCAAAAUCGCGGGCCGACUACGCAAAGUUUGGUGAUGUGUUGAUAUUUGACUCAACUUACAGAACCAAUGCAUACAAGAAACCUUUUGUCAUGUUGGCUGAUGAGACUAGCCACUUUAGGACCACGAUAUUUGCAUGUGUUGUGCUAGCUAAUGAGACAAUUGAUACAUACACAUGGGUUUUGGAAACAUUUAUGGAGGCGAUGGGCAAUAAAGCACCUGUGUCUGUACUGACAGAUGGGGAUAAGGCGAUGCGAGAGGCAAUCAGAAGAGUAUUUACAGACGCAAGACAUCGAUUAUGUAAUUGGCAUCUUGGGAAAAAUGUUGUUUCAAAUGUUCACAAAAGUGGCUUUGCACAUGCUUUUAAGCAGUGCAUGGACAUGGAAACGGAUAAGACAAAGUUUGAGCAUGGUUGGACGACAAUGGUUGAAAAUUUGGACUUCAAACCAACAGUUGGGUGUUGGAGACAUAUGAGAAGAGUCAUAUGUGGGCUGAGGCAUAUAUGCGUGGAUAUUUCUUUGCUGGGAUGA